AUGUCCACAGUUGUGCCAGAAGUCACAUGGGCGCAGCGCUCAUCCAGCACUGACCCCGAAAAGAACUACAUCUACCUCACCAUUGUCGCCGCAGACGUACCCGAGUCAGAUCUCAAGCUCGACCUCAAGGAACAAUCGCUUAGCUUCAAGGGCGCAUCAACUUCAAAGAAGGUCACCUAUGCUGUCGAUCUCGAAUUCUUCGCCGAGAUCGACCCCAAGGAGUCAAAGAUUAGCCACAGCGGACGCGACAUUUCGUUGGUACUACGCAAGAAGGAGCUCAAGGAGGAGUACUGGCCUCGCCUGCUCAAGGACAACAAAAAGAUGCACUUCUUGAAGACUGAUUUUGACAAGUGGGUCGACGAGGACGAGCAGGACGAAGCACCGGAAGACGACAUGAUGAACCAGAUGAACCCAAUGGCCGGAGCUGGUGGUGACGGCGGCUUCGGAGGAAUCGACUUCAGCAAGCUCGGCGCGGCGCAAGGCGCCGGAGGUCUCCCGGGAAUGGGUGGCAUGGACCUGAGCAGCAUGGGCAUGGACGGCAUGGACGGUGGUGACAGUAGUGAUGACGAGGACAUGCCGGAGCUCGAAAAUGAUGAGGAUAGCAAAGACAAGGACGUACCUGCUGCUGCGCCAGCGUCCAACGACAAGCCGCCUAAGAUUGAGGAGGUCGCUUAG